AAAGAGGGAGUACGAAAUAUAGGCGCUUUGCAUAGCGCUACGACGACAUUCCAAUGCUCAAAGCGAAACUGGACCUUUGAACAUUUUUAUGGAGGAAAUUUUCUGUACAUGACUGACCGGCGCGUACUAACAUACAGAUCCCCCUAUUUUAGUAAUGGUUCAGUCCAUCGACGCUUUAACCCCCUCACUGUAUACACUUGUGUUGACUACACGGCACUGGACAGGUUCAUUUACACUACUGUGGCUGUAAUAUUGUCAACUGAAGGCAAAUAAAAGCCAACUCUCUCAGAAAAAAGAGCCUAUUCAGUGAAUCAAAGAGAAAGAAAGAAAGAAAACCAGAGAAGGCCGCAGAGAGAGAGAGAGACUGGAGCAAGUGUUCAGACACCUCGUCCAUCCAUCUGUCCGUCCUUAUAAAUGCACUGUGGCUACGCUGUCUGGGAGAAGAAGCCCCGACCCCCCUUCCCUCCUUCCUCUUCCUCCCCCCUUCCCUUCCCUCCUCCAGCAGAGAGUGAGAGAGAGAGCCGGACGAAGACGGACAGUGAGGGCCUGAUGAUCCUGCGGCCCACUGGUCAAAAUUCCACACACACAGGGCAGACAAAGUAGACCUGUGCAGAGCUGUGCUGGCCAGUCCCAGAGGCCUGGCAGAGGAGAGCUGUGACCCGCCCGCCCCUGAGAUGCCCUCGCUCCCCAAUGAUGGAGAAGAUCAAAGGACGUCCCCCGUGAAUGUGCCGUCUGCGCUGUCCAAUCAGAACGGCGUGAAGAGGAAGGUGCGCACCAAGAAGAAGAAAGGCGUCAUCACCGCCAAUGUGGCAGGAACCAAAUAUGAGAUUGUUCGUAUUGCUAUCGGGGAGAUUUCCUUCCAUAAAACCCGAGACGAGGACGAAACAGCUAACCUCAUCUGGAACGACUCCGCCGUACAGCAUGAGAAAAUCGCUGAGCUCAGGAACUACCAGAGAAUUAACCAUUUCCCGGGGAUGGGGGAGAUCUGUCGGAAAGACUGUCUGGCGAGGAACAUGGCCAAGAUGAUUAAAAUCCAGCCUCAGGAAUACAGCUUCAUCCCCAAAACCUGGAUCUUCCCAGCUGAGUACACUCAGUUCCAGAACUACGUGAAGGAGCUGAGACGCAAGCGUAAGCAGAAGACGUUCAUCGUCAAGCCUGCCAACGGAGCUAUGGGUCACGGGAUAUCGUUGAUUCGGAAUUGCGAGAAACUCCCGGCGCAGGACCACUUCAUUGUGCAGGAGUACUUGGACAAGCCCUUCCUGAUGGAGGGCUACAAGUUUGACCUGCGGAUCUACAUCCUGGUCACUUCCUGCGACCCCCUGCGCAUUUUCCUGUACAACGAUGGCUUGGUGCGGAUGGGCACAGAGAAGUACCACACCCCCAACGAAUCCAACUUGAAUCAGCUGUACAUGCACCUGACCAAUUACUCUGUAAACAAACACAACGAGAACUUCGAGCGGGAUGAGACGGUGGACAAAGGCAGCAAGAGGUCCAUUGGCUGGUUCACAGAGUUUCUCCGCACUAACGACUACGACGUUUCCAAAUUCUGGGGCGAUGUAUCCGAGCUGGUGGUGAAGACGCUGAUCGUGGCUGAGCCUCAUGUUCUGCACGCCUACCGCAUGUGCCGCCCAGGACAGCCACCAGGGAGCGACAGUGUCUGCUUCGAGGUCCUGGGCUUUGACAUCAUCCUGGACCGCAAGCUCAAGCCCUGGCUACUUGAGAUCAAUCGAGCACCGAGUUUUGGGACCGAUCAGAAGAUUGAUUAUGAUGUGAAGAAGGGGGUCUUGCUCAACGCCCUGAAACUGCUGAACAUCAGAGCAAGUGAUAAGCGACGGAAUCUGGCCCAGCAGAAGGCCGAAGCGCAGCGGCGUCUCUAUGGACAAGGCUCUAUGAAGAAGCUGUCAGCGGGCUCCUCUGAGUGGGAGAAGCAGCGCCUCACGCUGGAGCGGAGGAAAGAGGAACUGAAAGAACGACUGGCCCAGGUUCGCAAGCAGAUCUCCCGGGAGGAGCAUGAAAAGCGUCAUCUGGGGAACUACAGACGUAUUUACCCCCCAGAAGACAAGCUGCUCUUGGAGAAGUAUGAGGGUCUCCUCUCGGUUGCUUUUCAGACGUUCCUCGCUGGGCGAGCAGCCUCACUUCAAAAGGAAAUGAAUAAUCCUCUGAAACGAAUGAAGGAAGAGGACAUCCUGGACCUGCUGGAGCAGUGUGAGCUGGACGAUGAGAAGCUGAUGGGGAAGACGUCCAGGCAGAGAGGGCCGAAGGCCUUGUCCUCCAUGCCUGAGAGCGCUCAGGUGCCCAGGAGGCACCGCGACUACGAGGACACCUCGGGCAGCUGCAAUGGCAGCAGCACUUCGGGCUCGGACGCCGACGAGGAGGAGGAGAGCGCCAACGACCUCCAGGAGAAGAAGGUUUCCCUGGAGGUGGGGGAGAACAAGCAGAAGUCCUCUGAGCGCUCCAGUCGUGUUCACUGGAAGCCUUCGCCCAAGCCCGCAAGAGCGGGGUCAGCAUCUUCUCCGGCUCUUUCGGGACUCAUACGCCGCUCUGUCUCCUGCCCACGAUCCAUCUCCUCUAUGAUCGCUCAGUCUCCCACCAACGAGAGCAGGGGUCCAGUACUAAAGGGCAGCGGUGGUGUGGCAGUAGCCCAGGCUGCAGCUUCAGCUCCACCCACGCCACCAGUCCGUCCACACACAGCUCUACGCUCACACUCUCUCAGCCGCAACAGCUCCGCCCACAGAGUGACCCACAGCAGCAGUCUGGGCACCAUCCACUCCAACAUGGGAGAGUCCCUGCUGAAUGUGAGGAGUAAGGAGCAGGAGGCGGAGCUGACGCGGCAGACGCUGGCUGCGCUGGGGGAGAUGAGGAUCCGAUUCCCAGGAAAGAGCGAGGAGGAAGCGGAGGCCGUCCUGAAUGAGAUCUUGAACAACUGGAAAUAUCAUAAACCAAAAGUGGCUUCUUACUGGCUGGUGAAGUUAGAUGCCACCAAACAAAGAAAGGUCCUGGACAUCGUCCGCACUAACGUUCGCUCAGUGCUGCAAAGAAUCUGGAGGGAGCCCGAUGUCGACAGUUUACGUCUCUAUCGCCUUUUCAGCCGUGUCUUCAAUCGCCUGCUCUGGAGUCAUGGUCAAGGCCUGUGGAACUGCUUCUGCAGCUCUGGCAGGUCAUCAUGGGAGAGCAUCUUCAGCAAGAGCACUGAGGUGGUGACGGCACAGGAGCUGCAGUGCUGCCAGCGUUUGGUGCAGCUGUGCCGUGACUGCCUGCUCGUGGUCUACAAGUUCGUGUCUGACUCGCGCGGCUCACUGACCGGCCUGAGCCCUGAGUGGGACGACACCAGGUAUCUGCUGCCAGUGACCUCCCAGUUCAUCAUCAAGUGGCCUUCCUCCAGCUUUGGCCGGAGCGUGGCCUCCGCCGCGCCGCGCUCACGCAGCCUCUUCACCACCCGCAUGGGCCACUUCUGAUCCUCUGCCGGACCUCUCGCUGCCUCCUGAGGAGGAAAAGGGGACCGGAUCCCUCCCUCUGCACCUAACCCCCACCCCUUCCCCCGCGGGAGCCGCGCUAACUCUGGAAGCAUAUGAAAAGGGAUUUGCCAGUCCGCCCCGUUAGCUCGCGUUUGUUAGCGCAUCAGAUGCAGACGAUUAGGCAGUCUCUCUCCCUCCAGCUCGGUUCGUCCCUGUGGAGCUGCUGUAAAAUAGCUGUCUGCUGUACAGUGAUCGCCCUUAUUGAUACUGUAAAAUACCAAUUCACCGUUUUUGGGCUCAAGUCCAGGACUGCAAAAUAAUUCCAUGAAUAAAUAAGUGAAUGCUUCAGUGAAAUUUAGAUGGAAUGGGAUUAGUGCGUAUGCUGUUUGUUAAUGAAAGCCAAGCUAAAAUGCUGUUUUUCUUUUUUCACUGCGGCUAAUGAUAUUUGCAAACAUUUCAGUUUUUCUUGAAAUACUUUUAAGUUUGGCAUAGUAGAGCUUUAAUCUUUGUUCCUUAGUCACUUUAUUCUUAUAGUUUUAUGCAGUUUUGUCCGGAGAACAGUAACUGUAGAGGAGUAUUUCGUCUCUUUCUGAAAGGCUAAAAGCUCAGCUCAAGCAUUGUUUUUGUGUCUGGUAUUUUGAGGAGAGUAAAGCUUCCCUUGUUGUUCUACAAGUUGGCUUUUUAGCCAUGUAAUAAUGAGCCAAUCCUAACCUCAGUGAAUGUCGUGUUUGAUAUGCAUCCCUGCAGUCAGACACCUUCAGUCCUGCAGCACGGCAGCCGAUAGCAUUUGUUUGUGCAUGCUUAGAUACAGUCCUUGAAACUUGCGCGCUGUCAGCUGGCAAAGAGGGAAUGACUGCACAUCAGAAAUACUUGAAUUUAUUUAUACUAUUGUAUUUAUUUUAUUUAAAUGUGUUUCAGUUUACACUACUAAUUUAAGAUUUUAAAACACCUAUUAUCACUUGUGUUCAUUAAUUAUUAUGAAAUAGUACUUUUUAUUUGUAAUGUAUUAAAGAGUCUUAAAUUUAAAGGUAUGAAAAUGGAUCUAACUGCAGAGCUUUGCUUUGUAUCUAAAUAGAUAAAACCAAACUGCCAUGUUGGUGUUUUAGCAGCUAUACCCCUGUAUUUCUUCAGCCCACUUGCAAGUGCCAGUGCAGACCAUGGCGUGCCAACACUAAGCACAACCAGUAAUGUGUUAAUGAUUCGUUAUUUGAGGUUACUAAUUAACUAGAUUGCGCCGUAUGACAGUAGGUAGUGUUAGAAUUGUAAUUGGAGAAAGCUCCCGGUAGUUCAUGUUCAGGUAGAAUAUGUCCCUGUAAAUGCUAAUCUGCAAGCUUUUUUUUUCAGGCUCAGAAACAGUGUUCUCUGCCAUGCAACGAUUUUUUUUUCUAAUGAAUAUGAUGAUAACUCUAUGCUAAGAAACCAUUUUUUUCCUUUAGUGUCAUUUCACAAUGCCAAAUAUUAUUUUUUUGCCUGGAUUUUCAUUCUGGGUAAUGAUUUUUAAGUUUAAUAGCAAUAAAAUACGUAAAACAU